AUGGUCGAGAGAGAGAGAGAAAGCCCCAUUACCCGUCACCCUACCACCGUUAUAAAUCGCACAUGUUUCACUUUGAGGUUUUAUUUCGCCCCAUUCCCACAUACCCAGAAUUCGAAACCGGGAUGGCUCGGUGCGUCUGUUCAUAUCUAUCUAUCUAUCUAUCUAUCUAUCUAUGUUCAUAUCUAUCUAUAUAUCUGUCUGUUCAUAUCUAUCUAUGCCUGUUCAUAUCAUCUAUCUAUCUAUCUAUCUAUCUAUCUAUCUAUCUAUCUAAAGUCUGUUCAUUAUCUAUCUAUCUAUCUAUCUAUCUAUCUAUCUAUCUAUCUAAGUCUCCUGUUCAUAUCUAUCUAUCUAUCUAUCUAUCUAUCUAUCUAUCUAUCUAAGUCUGUUCAUAUCUAUCUAUCUAAGUCUGUUCAUAUCUAUCUAUCUAUCUAUCUAUCUAUCUAUCUAUCUAAGUCUGUUCAUAUCUAUCUAUCUAAGUCUGUUCAUAUCUAUCUAUCUAUCUAUGUAUCUAUUUUUUCUUUUCUUUACAUACAUAAUUACAAUAUGAAUCUUAUUACUGUAAUGAUGCCUUUGUCAACUUCAGUUUCAUUUCUCUUUCAGUUUCUCAGUAUCUAUCUAAGUCUGUUCAUAUCAUCUAUCUAUCUAUCUAUCUAUCUAUCUAUCUAUCUAUCUAUCUAUCUGUUCAUACCUAUCUAUCUCUGUUCAUAUCUAUCUAUCUAUCUAUCUAUCUUUUCAUAUCUAUCUAUCUAUCUAUCUAUCUAUCUAUCUAUCUAUCUAUCAGUCUGUUCAUACUUAUCUAUCUCUGUCUGUUCAUAUCUAUCUAUCUAUCUAUCUAUCUAUCUAUCUAUCUAUGCAAGUCAUAUCCUCAGUCAUGACUAUCACAUUUUCUUUCUCUCUCUCUUUAUGAUGCAUUCUGUUAUUAAUCUUUUUUUCUGUCUUCCCCUCUCUCUCUUAUUAUCUCUCUCUUAUUAUCUCUCUCUUUCUCUCUGUCUGUCUGUCUGUUUUCCCCUCUCUCUCUUAUUAUCUCUCUCUCUUUCUCUGUCUGUCUGUCUGUCUGUCUGUCUGUCUCUCUCUCUCUCUCUCUCUCAUAUCAUGAUUUGUUGCAGGGCGCUUUUGUCUUUUAAUAGCGUGCACUAUUUGUUGAUAUGCCCUUUCAUUGGGCCAGCCUCAUAA